AUGACCCACGCAUCCAAUAUCCCAGCCCCUGUUGAGCAUGGGAACGCCGCUCCUCAACGUGACCCGUUAUAUGUCGCAGAGCCUCCAUUAGCGUCAAACGGGCGACCGGUCAUCCAGAAGAUUCUGAUAGCAAACAGAGGCGAAAUUGCCUGUCGAAUUAUUCAAACAUGUCGGAAACUGAAUAUCACAUCUACUUCGAUCUACGUAAAUGAGGACGCCUCCUCGCGCCACAUUCAAGAUGCAGAUGAAGCGAUCAACAUCGGCAGCAUUGAAGGCAAAAAUGGCAAUCCGUUCUUGGAUAUCGAUUUGCUUGUUCAAAUUGCGGUCUCCGUUGGCGCUCAGGCCAUCCAUCCAGGAUAUGGUUACUUGAGUGAAAAUGCGGGCUUUGCCAAUCGUGUCCGCAAAGCAGGUCUAAUAUUCAUUGGACCGAGCGCUAGUGCGAUGUCAACACUAGGUGAUAAGCGGUCCUCCAAAGACUACCUCAGUAAGCAUGCUCCGGAUGUGCCUCUGAUCCCAGGCUUUGCGGGAUCCAGUCAAGAGGUCGACGCUUUGAGACGCGCUGCAGAGGAAAUCGGUUUCCCAGUUAUGUUGAAAGCAUCCGCUGGCGGAGGAGGUAAGGGUAUGAGGAUUGUUCGAGAAUCAUCACAGUUAAAAGAUGAGCUUGAGCGUGCACAAUCCGAAGCGAGUCGCUCAUUUGGUUCAAGCGACUGUAUUCUGGAGAAGUACAUUGAGAGCAGUAAGCAUGUCGAGAUUCAAAUCUUGGGAGACUCCCACGGGGAGGUUGUCUCAUUUUUCGAUCGCGACUGCUCCAUUCAGCGAAGGCAUCAAAAAGUGAUUGAAGAGACGCCCUGCCCCUUCUUAGACGAAGAAACACGCAGCAAAAUAAGUGCAACUGCAGUGCGAAUCGCGAAGUUGAUCGGAUAUGAAAAUGCCGGUACAGUUGAGUUUGUACUGGACGUGAAAACGAACAGCUUUUAUUUCCUCGAAGUUAAUGCCCGAUUGCAAGUUGAACACCCAAUUACCGAGGAGGUUACUGGCGUAGACCUCGUGUCUUUGCAGAUAUUUGCCGCAGCGGGCGGGAAAUUAACCAGUCUUCCUCCCUUGAGACGUGUCUCUCAACAUGGACAUGCUAUUGAAGUUCGACUAUGCGCUGAAGACCCCCAACGCAACUUCUUCCCGGAGCAUGGCAAGGUUCACCUUUGGCUGCCUGUGAAGGGAAAUCUAACCCCAGGGAGAGAUAUCCGAUACGAAACAGCCGUGACAACUGGCGCCUCAGUCUCUAUCUACUUCGAUUCCAUGAUUGCCAAAAUCGUGGUAUGGGCUCCUACAAGGUCAUUGGCUAUUGAGAAGAUGGUUAAAGUACUCGCACACACCGCCUGCAUUGGAGUUAAGACAAAUCAAUUGUUUCUCCAGGCAUGCUUGACCAAUGCAGCGUUUUCGGACCCGGCAUACACAACCUCAUUUAUCCCAUCUCAGAUCGACAAUCUUCUGCGAUUUCCUAACCAUGAAAAUCAAGCAGAUCUAAAGAAGAUUUUAAGUAUCAUCCCAAGUCUUGUCAUACGGAAGAUUUCAGACUAUACCCUUGAAUCAAAGAGUCAGAAGCCACUUCGAACCGUCAGAAGGCAGUUUCGGAAUCAACGAUUUGAUCCCGUGAAUGUCCAUUGUGACAUUUUGACCACAACUAAUAACCUCGGCGGGAAGCAAAACCCCAGUUCAAGGCUCAUGUGUAUAUGGAAAUCACAAACGCUAGUCGAUUCUUCAGAAGAUGCAUACAUUUUCCCUGUCCCGGAGCUUGAAACCUCUUCUGAUACAUUCCUUACCGCUGCAGCGGAAGUAUCCGCCCAAUACAAUGCAAUCAGCCAAGAUCUUCGGAGUGGGAAAGCAGUAUCAUCAGUCCCAUACAGAGUCUCAAUGCUUGCAUGGAAUUCUAUUGAAGGAAAUAGAGGCGAUAGCAGCACCUUGAAGAUUUCUUCGAUAGAACUUUCAGUUAACGGAGCCAAGAUACAGGCCUACGUGGUGAUCCCAUCAAUUCACCCCUACUCGCUGUCUGGUGAGAUUGAUCGCAGUCAAAGUAUAUUUUGUCACCUGCCAGUACUCGGGACAUGGAUAGAAUUCAAGCGGGAUACCCUGCUUUCAUUUGCGGAAAGUCUUCGUUCUACGACGAAGGCCAGUAACGAAUCCGAGAAAAAGGCCAUCACAGCUCCGAUGCCAUGUAAAGUCUUGUCUGUGUUGAAAAAUAAUGGAGACGAGGUCAAGUCGGGGGAAACAGUGAUGGUGAUUGAAAGUAUGAAAAUGGAGGUUAGCAUAUCCGUGUCUGCAACUGGGAAAUUUGAAUCGAAGUGGAAAAAGGGCGACGCGGUGGAAGAAGGGAAGGUUCUUUGUUCGGUGGUAUAA